AUGAAAAAAUCAUAAUUUCUCACACCAGGUCUUCUUAUCUAGAUAAUCAAAAUUAUCGACUAGUUCCAACUUCGAUAUUUAUAGAACAGGAUAACAUUAGCGUUGUAGUUAAAAGUUGAAUUUCUUGGGCUAUAUGUUUCAUACAUUGAAAAAUACCCGUUUUUAUAAACCUACUUAGGAGCAAAUAUCAGGAAUGAAAAAUAAGAAUUCAACGAAAUGCUUAAUAUAAUACAAGAUAGGUAAUACUAAUCAUUAGAUAAUUUUAAUCAAAUAGAAUCAUAAAAGAAUAUUUUGGAAUUACUAUAAUCAAAUAAUGCUAACCUCAAAAUUAAGUAAGAAUUGGCAUGGCAAUAUCUUUAAUUUACUCAUGAUCUAUUUAACCAAUAUAAAUGGAAUAUGUAUGAUGAAUUAAAUAAGCAUCUUGUAUAUAGUUAUUUGAUAAGUGAUAUAGAUUAUGUCACAAAGAAUGAACUUGAGUAUCCCUCCUUUUGGUUAAAAUUUGACACACUUAUGCUUCCUCCAGCACUAGUUAAUUAAAGCACAUAUUUUGAUUAAAUAUUAAAAGCUGAUAGGGAUUAAUAGAAAAAGCUUCUAUCAUCAUACAAUAAAAUUUCAAAUUAGCUAGUGAUAUAUUUAUUUGAAAUAAGAGAACUUUUAUCAUAAUUUGCAAAAUCCAAAUUGUAAAUUUAGAUCUUUCCUAGUUAAUUGAAUUUUAAUUGUAUUAGAUAAGAUAAUCAAAAACCAUAUUAUCUUAACACUCAGCAUUUUGAAAAGUUUGUAGAAUAGAACAGCAAACGUUAUAAAGAAACACGAUAAAACAUAAGUUAUUUUGAAAAUUAUUUGGAAAAAAACAAUAAAAUAUCUUUGAAUAUUUUUGAUUAUUAUCCUUAUGAUCAAAUAAGUUCAGGAUUGAUUUUAGUUCAAGAAAAAUAAAGAGAAUAAAAUACAAAAGAGUUCUAAGAAUAUUGGCAGAAUUUAUAUAAAUAAAAAUACCCUACAAAGGGAAAUAUUGAUAGUCUUUAGAUAAAACCUGCUUCUUUUAAAUACUUGCAUUCUUUAAAUUGUACUGUGAAUUCCAGUUUUGAAUAUUUAUAGCAUAUAAUAGAUCCGGAAUCGAUGAUUUGCAGGUAAUGUAAAGAGGAGGUUGAUGAUUAUGGAACUCUCUUUUAUGAUAUCACAUUCUAUAGGUUUUAUCAAUGCUUAAAAGGGGUAUUGUUAAGUCCCUAUUAUAUGGAUAUUCCAGGUGUUUACAUUUGUCCAAUAUCAUUGAGGUUUAUUGGAGCCAAAAACACUUUUGAGAUCGUAUCAGAAAUUUUGAAUUAAGAAGGAAAAGUUUUGCUUGAACUUUACAAAUUAAAGUUGAAAUUUGAGCUUGAGGAAUCUGUUCCUGCUAAAUUUGAGGACGACGAUUAAGAUUAUGAAAAAAUGAAUGAAAUAAGAGAAAGAAAUUAAGAAUAGAUUUUAAAUUACAGUAGUGAUGAGUAGCAAAUAAUAUGA